UAACUUAUUGCAGUUAAGAUAUUAAUGUUUUACAAAAUAAAUUAGUUACGGAGAUAACUAUGUAUUGAUUUUCGCACAAUCAUUUUUUCAUUUAGUUACUAAAUAGAUCGAAAUAUACAAUUUGAAGCAAAAUGCAAUGUACUUGCUUCUAAAAGGAUAACUGUUCACGACUAUGAAAUAGAAAAUAUCGCGCAGUCUCAUUUAAAUACAUUACGUCAAUUAAUUUUAUGUACAUUUCUGUCGCUAAGACGACGCUAUCCGUAAACUACGUGUAAGUACUAAAACCAUAAAAGUACUCUAUUUUUGAAAGUGGAAGUGAAAGUAAGAAAAAAUGUCAUUAUAUGCAACACCAAUACUUUAUUUAAACAUGGGUGGUGAAAUGUUAUAUGUUUUACGACAAAGACUGAAGGCACAAAGGAUAAGUGCUGAUAAAACUAUACAAGUGUUAGACGAAGUAACUGCUGCUUUACUUAAUCCUAAAAUGCUGUCUUCCGUAUUUGAGGAAAAAUCUUUGACUAAGAUAUCUCUUUUACGACCUACUUUAGAAUGUGUUGUAUUAUCAUCAAUAAUGAAACUUGAUAAAAGUAGUAUGAAUAAACUGUUCGAUCUAAUGAUCAUGAUGGUUAAAUAUCAGUUAACUGCAGCUACUGGUCCUGUAGAAGUUGUAUUGUUAAUAUUAAACCAUACAGAUGCAAUGCGUGACAUGGUUAGCAAUCCAAAUGCUCAACAAUGUAUUGGAUUAGUACACCAAAUGGUAACCGAUUUUUAUGGUACAUUAACUUUUGAAGAAGUUUGGAAUGCCAGAAAUGAUUGUUUGAAAGAAUUAGAGUAUUAUUCCGUGAAAGUAUCUAUACUUCUUAGACUUGGAUUACAAAAUGAUGAUGGUAGCUUUAAUUCAAUGUACCAUAAAUACAAUGAAAAAUAUAAAGAAAAUAAAACUCGUUUUUCUGGUACAAAAUUAUGUGAUAUAGAUUUGAAAACUUACUGUGAUGGUUCUUUUAAUCUUUUUGGUGAACGAGGUACAAUACUAGGCAAAAAUAUGUAUUCUAUGUUGUAUGGCAUAUCAAAACUAACUUCUGAACAAGAAAAUCAUAAUUACGUUAAAGAAUGUGGUACAAAAGCAGAACUUGGUAUGUUAGCUGUUCAACUGGGAACUGAAGAAACUUUGUACAAACGACCUUUUACUUUGAAUUUAUUUUCAACUGAAGAUAAUGAUAAUACAAAUAUAGAAUGCGAGUCCGAUUCUAAGGAGGACAGUCAGAGUGACGUUACAGUUACAAAAUAUGAAAAAACGAAAUUUAAUGAAGAUUAUAAAACGAAACUUGAUAUCAUACGUACAGAUCUUUUUAAAGAUGAUCAUGAAGACAUAAAAUACAGCAUGAAUUUGUUAGAACUUUUAGAUAAAACAGAAUAAUUUUAUUUAAACUUACUUUUUCGAUUACGCCAUGAUAAUUAAUAAAAUAAAUAAAAAUUUUCUUUAA